GCGAGCAAAUAGAUUGAGAAAGACCAGCCUCGUGUUUGAUACGAAGGGCUAAAACGAACCCUGGGGCAAGCGAGAACGAUGGCCCCUGGUCUCAUACACGGGUUUGCAUUGGCUUCAACAGCAUUUCUUGCCUCACUUCUCGUAUCUCUCUAGUCGUCCCCAAAUUCUGCCCUGUCCACUGCUCCCGGCAUUGCUAUCUCCUGAAGUCGUCAUGGAUAACUCAAUUGUAUUUGACGAUGACGAGUACGACCUCGUCUCAAACCAUUCCCUCGAAUCAAGCGUCGCAGACCUCUCCGGGACACGCGUCCAAGGCAAAGACAUCAAAGAGCCAGAGCCUACGCCCACUGCUCGCGAGCGGUUCGAGACUAUAAACUGGACACCAGAGGAGAUCCAGACGUACGUGCGGAAAGCACUCAGCCUCUCGUCUGCGCAGGAAGUGGGCGUCAACCACAAGACCGUCCGAGUCUAUGUCGACGGCCCGUUUGAUAUGUUUAAUGUCGGCCACGUUCUGCAACUUCGACAAGCCAAACUCGCCUUUCCCCUGGUCCACCUCACAGUGGGCGUCUUCUCAGACCAAGUUUUGAACGAGCGAGGGUACCCUCCAGUCUGGUCUGAAGUAGAACGGGUGGAGAUGGUGCGACACUGUCGCUGGGUCGACGAAGUUAUCACCAACGUUCCAUGGGAAUUGACCGACGAGUUUCUCUUGCAACGCAGGUUAGACUACCUGGCGUUGGAUGAAGGAACCUCAGUUGACCCCAACUGCGAUAAAGCUCGUGUGCGAGCAUACGAUAUCAUCAAGAAACUUGGCAAAGUCAUCCCAACACGCCGAACACGAGGGUUCCCAAUCGUCAGGCUUCCAUUGACAAGCCCCUCAACGCCUGUAAUGCCCACCCAGUCCAUGCCCCAGUUGCAAUUAACUACCGCGGAUGACGGAGAAAGGCUGCCUGAACCCGAGCCAUCGAAUGUAGCGGUGUCCAGUGAAUUGUGACUCCAUACCAGCUAUUGUACACCUUAAUACUAGUUCUU